GCACUCUUCCUUGUACCUCGACGCUAGAGCUCCAUCUUCUUCCCUCUUCUCUCUUUCUUCCCUCACCGUUUUCCUUAAAAAGUUGCAUUUUACACUUCAAGAAAUAUAAAUAAAUUAGAUUUCUAAACACCCUUUUCUCUUCUUAACCUAAACUUUCAAUCUUUUUUUUUUUUUUUAAAAAAAUGGGAAGUGAAAAAGCUAUGAAAAUUAGCAUCAAAGAAUCAACAUUAGUGAAACCAUCCAAGCCAACACCAUCAAAGAGGCUCUGGAGUUCUAAUUUAGAUUUAAUAGUGGGAAGAAUCCAUCUAUUGACUGUAUAUUUUUAUAAACCAAAUGGAUCUCCAAAUUUCUUUGAUCCUAAGAUGAUGAAAGAGGCAUUGAGCAAUGUUUUAGUGUCAUUUUAUCCAAUGGCUGGGAGAUUAGCUAGGGAUGAACAAGGAAGAAUUGAUAUAAAUUGUAAUGGUGAAGGUGUUUUGUUUGUUGAAGCUGAGAGUGAUGCUUGUGUUGAUGAUUUUGGUGAUUUUACACCAAGUUUGGAACUUAGGAAACUUUGCCCUACUGUUGAUACUUCUCGGGACAUUUCUUCUUUCCCACUCGUCAUCUUUCAGGUUACUCGUUUCAAGUGUGGUGGAGCCGCUCUUGGUGGUGGAGUAUUCCACACAUUAUCCGAUGGUCUCUCAUCCAUUCACUUCAUCAACACGUGGUCCGACAUAGCCCGUGGCCUCUCCAUCGCUGUCCCUCCGUUCAUUGACCGGACGCUCCUCCGUGCACGGGACCCACCAACGCCUUCUUUUGAGCAUGUUGAGUAUCAUGCUCCUCCAUCCCUCAAUUCAUCGUUGAAAAACCGUGAGUUCACGGGCCCAAAGCCUAGUACCACAGCCAUGUUAAAAUUCUCAAGUGAACAACUUGGGCUUCUAAAGUCCAAGUCCAAACAUGAGGGUAGCACUUACGAAAUCCUCGCGGCCCAUAUUUGGCGUUGCACGUGCAAAGCACGUGGAUUGCCCGACGAUCAAUUGACCAAAUUACACGUGGCCACUGACGGUAGGUCUAGGCUUUGCCCGCCCUUGCCACCGGGUUAUUUAGGAAAUGUUGUGUUCACAGCCACACCAAUGGCAAAAUCAUGUGAGCUUCAAUCAGAGCCGUUGACAAAUUCCGCUAAGAGAAUUCAUAGCGCAUUGUCAAAAAUGGACGAUAAUUACCUAAGAUCAGCACUCGAUUACCUCGAAUUACAGCCUGAUUUAUCGACACUAAUCCGUGGCCCGACGUACUUUGCCAGCCCUAAUCUUAAUAUUAACAGUUGGACUAGGUUGCCUAUCCAUGAAUGUGAUUUUGGAUGGGGAAGGCCAAUUCAUAUGGGACCAGCUUGCAUUUUAUAUGAAGGGACAGUUUAUGUUAUACCAAGUCCAAAUAGUAAGGAUAGGAACUUGCGUUUGGCUGUUUGUUUAGAUGCUGAUAACAUGCCACUAUUUGAAAAGUACUUGUAUGAAUUUUGAGAUAUUCUUCCUUUGAAAAUAUCAAGAAUCCAACACGGAAGAUAAAAUAUCAGUCAAUGACGUAUUCGUUGUCGAGAAAUGCUUAUCACAAGUCGAUGUUUAAGAAUUAUCAAUCAAUGCCGUGUUCGUUGCCAAGAAAUGCUUAUCACAAGCCAAAUUGAGAAGUUUGUAUGAACGUAACUUUGAGAAGUGGAAAAGUCAAGAAUGUUCAACACAAUAGCUUUGAUGAGAAUUCUCUGGGUGUAUGAUCAAAUUUGUGGUGUGUGAUUGCGUUUAUGCGCUUUGUAACUUGUUCUAAUGUUUGUUGGGGUCAGUUUGUUUUUGUUUUCAAAUUCUUUGUAAUGAAUUGGAUUCUGUAUUAAUUUGCCAAUGUCUAAUUUAGCUUA